GACUUAUUAUCUUCUUACAAAGUGAUUUUCUUAUUUAUUAAGUGGGUUGAAGAUAGAUUGAAGAACAAGGACAAGGACUACGGAAGAAGAGGGUAACAAUAACAACAAACACAUUAACACAAACCAUAGUAUGUGUUACUUGGUCUGAUUCCGAGUCUUUCGAGUCUAUAAGUUCCAUAAUAAUCGCUUCCUAAAAUCCAUUUUUCUGAUUCUAUAAACUGACUUGAGUCAACACAACCAAACACAUCACAAAAAUGGGUUCGGGAAGCAGAAACUACUCUGCAAAUCCGAACGAUUACAGGCUUCUAGAAGAAGUCGGUUACGGUGCAAGCGCAACGGUUUAUCAUGCAAUCUACAUCCCUUACAACGAAGAAGUUGCAGUGAAAUCUCUCGAUCUAGAUCGAUGCAAUUCAAAUUUCGAUGAUAUACGAAAAGAAGCACAGAUCAUGAGCUUAAUUGAUCAUCGUAACGUUGUUAAAUCGUAUUGUUCAUUCGUUGUGGAUCGUAAACUUUGGGUGAUUAUGCCUUUUAUGGCUCAAGGUUCUUGUUUGCAUCUAAUGAAAACUGCUUAUCCUGAUGGAUUUGAAGAAGAUGCUAUUGGAUCGAUUCUCAAAGAAACUCUUAAAGCUUUGGAUUAUUUACAUCAACAUGGUCACAUUCAUCGUGAUGUUAAAGCUGGUAAUAUUUUGCUUGAUUCUAAUGGUGAAGUCAAACUAUCUGACUUUGGUGUUUCUGCUUCUAUGUUUGAUACUGGUGAUCGUCAGCGUUCUAGAAAUACUUUUGUUGGUACUCCUUGCUGGAUGGCGCCGGAGGUGCUGCAACCUGGUACUGGUUAUAAUUUCAAGGCUGAUAUUUGGUCUUUUGGAAUUACUGCACUUGAGUUGGCUCAUGGUCAUGCGCCGUUUUCUAAGUAUCCUCCAAUGAAGGUUUUACUCAUGACCAUACAAAAUGCACCUCCUGGCCUUGAUUACGAUCGUGAUAGAAAGUUCUCGAAGUCUUUUAAAGAAAUGGUUGCUAUGUGCCUGGUAAAAGAUCAAACAAAGAGGCCGUCUGUGGACAAGUUACUGAAACACCCCUUCUUCAAACAAGCUAAGCCUCCAGAACUUUCUGUGAAGAAAUUAUUUGCUGACUUACCACCUCUUUGGACUCGUGUAAAAGCCCUGCAGCUUAAAGAUGCAGCUCAACUAGCACUGAAGAGAAUGCCUUCUGCAGAACAAGAAGCAAUAUCUCAGAGUGAAUAUAAGCGAGGAGUUAGUGCGUGGAACUUUGACGUUGAUGAUUUGAAAGCUCAAGCUUCAUUGGAAAAUGAUGAUAUUGCAGAGAUAAAGGAAGAAGAGGAAAACAAGUUCUUCAUUUCCAGCAAGGAUACAAGUACUUCCCAGCUUAAUGUGGAGAAGAGGAAUUCAGAUAACUCCCAACAAGAUGACUUCACGUUACAAGUAGGUGACAAUGACGUACCACAGAGUGAUAAAGUAAAUGGAUCAAUUGCUGAGGCAACAACAUCUACUUCAGAGAAGGACGUGGGAACAAGCAAGAUUAAAACUCAGCCAGUCAAAUUUGGUAAAACCCAAAGCGGGCCGCUGGUGCCUGGCACAGUGCUUGGUCAUUAUUUACCCGAAAGAGGGCGUCUAUUUGAAAGGUUUGAGAAUGAAAAUCAGUUAUCAGGUGAGAAAAGUAAUCGGGAUAUGCGACGAGCUCCAAGCUUUAGUGGUCCAUUGAUGCUUCCAAAUCGAGCUUCAGCAAACAGUUUGUCGGCCCCAAUAAAAUCCUCUGGAGGAUUCAGAGAUUCCUCAGAUGAUAAAUCUAAGGCUAAUCUAGUGCAAAUUAAAGGGCGGUUCUCAGUGACAUCAGAAAAUUUAGAUCUGGUGAAGGAUAUUCCUGUAAGUUCUGUUUCACGCCGAUCUCCACAGGCUCCACAGGAUUCUUCACCACUGAGGAAAUCUGCCAGUGUUGGUGAUUGGAUGUUGGAUUUCAAACAACAAAUGCCAAUUGGACAAUCUUCCAAUGAUCUUGCAAGCAUGAAUAUUCCUACAUCAGUUAUUGUGCCUCACCUUCACAAUCUUUUCCAACAGACAUCUAUUCAACAGGAUCUUAUAAUGAGUCUGUUGAGUAGCUUGCAAAUUACUGAGGCAAAUGAUGCUCUUCAGAAUGGAAAGAUGCCACCAAUACCUCGCAGUCCAGAGAAUAAUGGCACUGUUGAUACUACAGCUUCAGAGAGAGAACUACAUUUGCUGUCCAAAAUUUCAGAACUUCAGUCUCGGAUGAUCAGUUUGACAGAUGAACUUACUUCUGAGAAGUUGAAACACAUGCAGUUGCAACAACAAGUAGCCGCUCACUACAGCCAGCAACAAAACGGGGAAAGAGAGGAAGGUGCAUGAGUGCCGAUAACAAUGAUAGUCUUUAGUGAAGUAAGUAUAUACACCAAGGGGAGUGCUGAUAAAUUAUAAGGUGCACUCCAUUCUCUCCCUCUGCUGAAGGGGCUUUGCUUUUUGAUGGUUGAUAAGAGUCAUGUAUCUUCUCCUGUCCAGGUUGCCUUGUUUUCAACAGGCCUUUGUAACAAUCUUAAAACCCGGCAAGUGAAAAUGAGCAAACUGAUCUUUCAAGGUUAAUCUCAUUAUUUAUUUCAUUCAAGAUUCAGAUGUAUAUAAGAUUCUCUUUUGUGUCAUACUGCAAUCUGCUAAAGUGCAGAUCAAUUAGGAACUCAAGUUAGGGGGACACAACCCCAAGGGAAAAGUAACAUCCCUACUUAUUAUGUUGUUUAUAUAAUAAUUAUUCCUAUAUCGGAUUUGAGUUUGUAUAGGUUUAUUGUAUUUUGCCUACCGAAUAAUAUUAGGUUUUGUACCCAAUGAAUCAAAUCAACUUAGUUAAAUGGUUUUCAACUAUUCAAAUCAA